AUGUGGGAAGUGAUAUUCAUAGCUUUUUUUGUGGCGUUCUGGACAUAUCACUUGUGGUGGAAGCGAAGAAACCUUCCACCUGGACCGCCACCAUGGCCGUUUUUUGGUGAGUGACUGUAAUGUGGAGUAGUGGAAAGGCAGUUAAAGCGUGGAGUAAUAAACUUAAAAUUUGGCUGAAAGACAGGUAGUCGUGUCUAUAAGAUGAUUUAUUAAGAUCAUAGUUUGCCACAACUCUCCUAACAAUUAUUCAUUGGCCAUAUAGUUGCCAGAAAUACCCUUAAAAUCAACCAGCAAUUUCUGUUCUAAUUUACAUAACCUUCAAUUCUUCAGGCAACUACUUCCAAUUCAAGCGCUAUUCCGCCGCUGAAUACGCAUACCUGGACUGGCGAAAGAAGUACGGCGAUAUCUUCACUUUCUGGCAAGGAGAACGCCCUGUGGUUUGCGUCUGCAGCUAUGACCUCAUGGUCGAGCACUUCCAAAAACAGGGCGAGAAAUACGAAGACCGACCGCCAGAGGGCGUCUUCUGGCAAUACGUGAAGAGAUACCACUAUGGGAUCGUGAACAACGACGGUGAUUUAUGGCGAGUAACGCGGAGAUUUGCGCUGCAAACUCUGCGCGAUUUUGGAUUGGGAAAAGAUUUAAUGGAACAGAGAGUUCUGGCUGAGUGCGAGGAUAUCUUGAGGAAUUUGGAUGAAGAGGAACAAAAGGGAAUCAAGGAACAUCCGAUUACGGUCGAGAUCGACAGAGCGAUUGGAUCCGUUGUAAAUUCGCUGAUCUUUGGAUACAGAUACAGCAAGGAGAAUAUUCAUGAGUGGGAUGUGAGUGCCUCAGCUUGAGAUGAGAUGAUUUAUCUUUUUCAGGACUUGAAAGAACGUGCGAACAACUUCCUCCGUCUGGUUGUUCAUCCGGUCGUUUUGUUUGCCCGGCUUCAUCCUACUUUCUACGAGAAAGUCCCCAUUCUCGGGAAAUAUUUGAAAAGCGUGAAGCAAUCCGGCACACAUCUCAUGGACUUCUUCGUCAAUCGAGUUGACUACCAUAUGAAGGAUCUGGAGAACGAGGAUCUCGAAAGUUUAGAGCCCACCGAUCUUGUGGCCGCGUUUCUGAAAGAACGGGCGAGAUUGGACUCACUCAACGAACAGCAUCUGUUUAGUCGAGAACAGUUGAACGGAAUGUGUUUCGAUGUCUGGCUUGCUGGUCAAGAUACGACUAGCAAUACCAUUGGCUGGGCCAUAGCUUAUUUGAUCAAACAUCAAGAAAUCCAGCAGAAAAUCCAUGAAGAAUUGGAUCGGGAGAUUGGAAGCGAAAGGAUGGUCACCAUAUCUGAUAGGCCCAACUUGAACUAUCUUCAGGCGGUUUGUUUGGUAUGUUGCAGCAGAAAUUUUUAUUUCAUGGAUGUCUACGGACUCUCAGAGGUGUGGAAAUUUAAUUAUUGCUGUUUUAGGAAACCCAUCGGAUAGCCAAUUUAGUGCCGAGCAAUAUUUUCCACGCCACAGCCGAGGAUGUCAAUUUUGAAGGGUACUUCCUCAAAAAAGCGACGACAAUUAUUCCAUUGUGUUCCGUUGUGCUCUACGAUGAGAAGGUAAGUACAUGGAUCUGACCAUGUAGUUUUACUAACAAAAAAAAUCUUAUUUUUGCAAACCAUGUGAGAAAAAAAUGAACUUUUUCGUAGAGAAUUCCAAAUUUUUGCCUCCGCCAAACGAGAUUUUUUUUGACCCAUAGAAAGUGUCAACCUCAUCCUAAUUAUUUCAGAUUUUCCCGCAACCAGAGGAAUUCAUUCCCGAGCGUUUUAUCGACAAAAAUGGAAAUGUUCGAACGAAAAAAGAGCUGCUCGCAUUCUCAAUCGGAAAGCGACAAUGUUUGGGAGAGAACUUGGCCAGAAUGGAAGUCUUCUUGGUGUUGGCCAACAUUCUGAAUCAAUACAAAAUACUGCCAACGGAUGUUCCAUUAGACUUUACGAGAAGACACGCGCUGACUUCGUAUAUCACCGAUUACAAGUGCCGACUUGUGCCGCGAUACAAAUAG